AGUCGAAGAAUGCGGACUUCUUGCUCAUUGAAUGUAUUUAUUUCCGGUCUCCCGAAUCGAAAAGCACCGAGAAAAAUUCCGGGCGGGUCACGUUCACCAGUCGGACUUACUGGUUUACACAUAUUCGCUAUUUUCAAUUGAACAACGAAGUCAUUUCCACAAUAAUACUUGUCCUUCUUACUUGUUGCUCAAAAUGCGGUCUCAUUCUCAGCGAAAAUUGUGCACAUCGUCUGAACUAACUUGAAUCUUGGUACUACUGUUACCCAAGACAUGGGCUCAAACAUCAGCAUCGCGAACGAAACGAAUUGCAUUCUUAAUAUUGCCAUGAAACAAGCCACUCCACUUUAUUAUGAGAACAAGGUGUUGCCUGGUCAAGUCGUGAAACGAGAAGUUGGGAAAAUCUGGUUUUCCGUAGAAGCCAAAUUGUGGAACGGUCUGAACGAAUAUGACGAUUUUAGCGAGCUCGUGGCACCCAUCACGACCAUGUCCACGGCGGCUGUGAUGGGGCUUCGUGGAGUGGCAGCCAGGGCCGGUCUGGUGAGUGAGCUCGUGGAGACCAACGACACGCAGCACGUGCUCAUGGGAAAGGUCAUCCUGCCCGUGGGCUCAACCGAGGCGACCCAGAAAAUUAUCCGCGAGUGGAUCUCAGACUGUGUGGCACGGGAUUUUCAUGGGGUCGGACAAAAUAAUUCGCAUAGUGGGAGGACCACCCGCGUUCAUCGAUGAAGGGAGAGAAUAUCAGUACGUCGAAAACACGGAGGCGUUCACUAUUCUGCAUUAAUUAAAUUACUUUAACAUUCGCAUUGUCGUGCUAAAUCUGCAACAAAUCUAAAUGUUUGAUUUUCUCGGUUGUGGUUGUGUGCCAAUUCCAUGUAUUUAAAAUUCAUAUAUUUAAAAUCUCGUAGGUAAUGAUGUUAUGUUUUAUCUGCAUGAAUUGACUUUUGCUGGACAAUAAGUACGUUUUAACUGAUCAGACAUUUAUGUACAUUAUAACAAAAUAUGCAUGCAACACAUACUAUGUAUUACUGUUUUAUCAUUCCACUUGUGUAAAUAAAAAAAUACGUUUGAGUACUGUUCUUUAUAUUACUAUAUAUCUCGUUGGUACUAUAUUAAGGGGCAGAUCGAUAUGGUUAAGUGCAUGUCUGUACAUAAAUCUGCUUGAAUGGAAAAUGACCCUUUUUCUCGGAAUUAUUUCCUACUGGUGUAUUGUGGUAGCGAAGGUGGUAUCUAAAAUAUAUGUAGAGCAGAAGCAGGAAAUGACCCAACAACCGAGAACCUUUACAACUAACUGCAUUAGUUGUAUAGUAUGGACACACAGCCAAAAAAGUACCUGCAAAGGACCUUUCCUUCCAACCUUCCAAUAAAAACAUCAUCUGCAGUAUCAGCAUUGUAAAUACAAUUUUUAUAAAUUUUACUACAGGCAGCAGUAAUUAUCUAUCAUUGAUACACUCUGUUUGCUGAUUGAUUUCAACGGAGGAGGAUUGCAAAAAUGGGUAGCACGGUCUCCAUCUGCAAUAAUAGCACGUGCAUCUUAAAUAUGGCAAUGAAGCAAAUAACACCCCUCUACUAUGAGAACGAAAUGCAACCCGGUCAAUGCAUUGAAAGAGAAGUCGGUAAGGUCUGGUUCACCUUGGAGGCAAAGCUAUGGAAUGGGGAGAACGGUUACGACACAUUUCAAGACAUCGUAUUUCCUAUCACGAUCAUAACUCUGACGGCUUUGACACUUUUGGCUGGAGGGAUCGCGUCGGCAAGUUUUCUAGCAAGUUUGGCCGGAAUCUCGUCCACUGCUGGGAAACUAUUUCUCAUUGGAAAGGUGAUAAUUGCGGCAGGAGCGUCCACGACGGCCAAGCAGAUUGUCCAGGACUGGGUGUCGCGAAGUGCACUUUCCGUCCACGGUCUGUACAUGGGAUACGAUCGAACGUUCCUUAUCACGGGGGGACCGACAUGCUAUUUAGCAGAUGGUUUCCAAGUUGUGAAAUAUCAGCCAGGGGACGAAUUCCAGUUGGAGUACUUGUGAGGAUGAGAGUCUGUACAGGAGAUAAGUAGUUUUAAAAUGUCUUAUUGUUGAUUAGGUAUUAGUGUUAUAUCAUACAAAUAUACACAAUUUAAUUGUGUAAAUAAAUAAAUUAUAAUGAUCAAUGAAGAAAUCA